AUGGUGGAUAUCAAGAAUAUCUCGUUCCCAGUACCUCAUGUGACGCCCGAUGCAGUCACCAAGAAUAUCUUCCCGGUAUACGUGAGCAUCAGUCCCCAGGAGAUCAAACCUCAGACAGACAGCCCCCUGUUCAAGCUCUCGGCAGAGAUUCGACAACAGAUAUACGAGUAUGUAUUCCAAACUGAGCCUAACCAGGGCAAAAAGUUCCCGCUCAGGAGGUCUUGGAGAAGACCCGGCGUCGAAGGCCGGCCACACAUCCAUACCAACUUGCUGCGGACCUGUAAACUCAUCUACGUCGAGGGCUGGGCAAUCCCAACACUGAACACCACCAUGAUCAUCCACGAGGGAUCCGAGGUUGACCGCAUGCCUGGCAAGACCAACGCCACGGUGUCCCACCCGUCGCAGCUGCUGCUCGGCCUCCCAGCUUGGCAGGUGCUCCUGCUCCAGCACGUGCAAAUCACCCUCUCGCAGCACCAGCUCGAGAACGGCGUCAUGGAGGCCUGGCUCACCACGCUCCACAAGGCGAGAUGCUCCGCCGCGUACUAUGUGCAGCGCUUCAUCAAGCAGAAGUGCUUCGACACGCCGCUCCUUCAGGACUUUGCCAAGGCUGGCCUCAUGAACACCAAGAUCCAGGAUCUCACGGUCAGGCUCAACCGCCAGGACUGGUGGUGCUGGUCGUUCGACCCCAUCGAGCCGCCAAAGGCCAAGGAUGAGAUGUUCGAGGCUCCCGGGCCCGAGGGUGAGGACAGCCCUGAGGAGAAGACCAGCUUCAUGGUGUGGGACGGCCAGGUCCGCAAGGAGAGCUGGGAGAGGGGCAAGACCGACCACGGAAUCUGGUGGAUGCAAAAGAAAGGGAUGGAGGACGAUGGGAGGAAGAUCGAGACUCGAUACAUCCGCUUCGUCCAGGAGCGGUUCGUCGAGCCCGCCAACAACCCGCGCAAGAGAAAAUGGACCCGCCCUCCCCGCAUCGCGCAGUUUUAA